AUGGCUUCGGCUGCAUUGCUUUCGAAAAAAAGAGCGUUGGUAAUCGGUAUUGAUCAAUACGCUGACAAAGCAUCCACAUUACAGAUAUGUGUUGUCGAUGCUAUUGAUUUAGGCAAGGCUCUUCGCGACAUCAAAUUUGAAGUCUCACAAGAAACCAACUGCAGCUACACUAGAUUCAAAGAAAUGAUUGAUGAUUUCAUGAGAAAGAUUCAAAAUGGCGAUUUCAUUGUAUUUUAUUUUGCUGGCCAUGGAUUACAAUCUGACGACAAAAAUUAUCUUCUAUCCUCUGAUUAUUGUUACGAUCAUAGCAUAGAUGAGAAGAGUUAUCUGUCGAAAAAUGCUGCCAAUGCUCAAAAUAUCUUGCAUCAAAUAAAUGCUAAGAGGCCUCGUUAUAUCAUAUUCAUACUAGACUGUUGCAGAACUAAACAAAUUCGAGGAAAUCCCACGUCAAGUUUAGCAUCGAUGAAUCCUACAUCUGAAACCCUAUUGGUAUAUUCGUGUGGCGCUGGUCAAGGUGCACUUGACGACGCACAGAUUGGUCGAAAUAGUCAUAUUUCUGUUAAUGCUAAAUGGACACAGAAUGGUGUGACUAUUGCUGGAGGUGACGGAGGUGGGGAUGCCACCAAUCAACUAUACUGCCCUGAAGGUCUCUUCGUUGAUGAUAAUCAAACAGUGGUUAUUGCUGACUUCUACAAUCAUCGUGUCGUUCAAUGGAAAAAAGGUAAUACGACGAAUGGACAAGUUGUUGCUGGUGACAAAGGCCAAGGAAAUGGAUUAAAUCAAUUGGAUCGACCAAAUAAUGUAUUGGUCGACAAAGAGACGGAUAAUCUCAUUAUUUGCGAUCCAGCUAAUUAA